ACGGGGACGAGCCUGGGGAGGGGGUGGGGGGUUGAGCGGGGGGCAGCAGCGUCUCCCCUUCGGAGACCCGGGGGGUGAGCAGCAGCUCGGAGGGCUCCGAGCCUUCCCCAGGAGAAGGGGCGAUUGUUUCCCCUCUCCCCCCCCCUUCCAAAGCUGUGGGGGAUUUAGUUCCCCUCCGCCUGUUGAGAUCAAACUUCCCACUGUGGGGGGAGGAGGGGACUCGGAGCAAAGGGAAGGAACCGCUGUGGCUGCCCCGGCUUUGCUACAAUGCUGUCCAACUCUCCGAACCCGAAUCCCCAGGUGCUGUUCCCCACCCCCCCUCCUCCGCCCCCGCCGCCCCCCCAUCAGCAGCCGCCGCCCCAGCAGCACCCUCCCGUCCAGCAACAGUUCCCCCAGUUCAACGUGAAAUCAGGCCUCCAGAUCAAGAAAAAUGCCAUCACGGAUGAUUACAAGGUCACCACGCAAGUGCUGGGGCUGGGCAUCAACGGGAAAGUUUUGGAAAUCUUUAACAAGAAGACUGGAGAGAAAUUUGCUCUGAAGAUGCUGCAGGACUGCCCCAAAGCCCGCAGGGAAGUCGAACUCCACUGGAGGGCAUCUCAGUGUGCCCACAUUGUAAAGAUCAUUGAUGUCUAUGAAAACCUGUACCAGGGGAGGAAGUGCCUGCUUAUAAUCAUGGAGUGCUUGGAUGGUGGGGAGCUCUUCAGUCGAAUUCAAGAUAGGGGAGACCAGGCCUUCACGGAACGGGAGGCUUCAGAAAUAAUGAAGAGCAUUGGAGAAGCCAUCCAGUACUUGCACUCGAUUAACAUAGCACACCGGGAUGUUAAGCCAGAAAACCUCUUGUACACCUCGAAAAGGCCCAACACUGUACUGAAACUCACCGAUUUCGGCUUUGCUAAAGAAACCACCACACACAACUCCCUGGCCACACCGUGCUACACACCUUACUACGUGGCCCCGGAGGUGCUGGGCCCGGAGAAGUACGACAAGUCCUGUGACAUGUGGUCCCUGGGCGUCAUCAUGUACAUUUUGCUGUGUGGGUAUCCCCCUUUCUAUUCCAACCACGGUCUGGCCAUUUCUCCAGGCAUGAAAAAACGGAUCCGAAUGGGCCAGUAUGAAUUUCCCAACCCUGAGUGGUCAGAAGUGUCGGAAGAAGUUAAACAGUUGAUCCGGAACCUGCUGAAGACGGAUCCGACCCAGCGCAUGACGAUAACGGAGUUCAUGAACCACCCCUGGAUCAUGCAAUCGAUGCAGGUGCCCCAGACGCCACUGCACACUAGUCGAGUCUUGAAAGAAGAGAAAGACUUGUGGGAGGACGUCAAGGAGGAGAUGACGAGUGCCUUGGCCACCAUGAGAGUAGAUUAUGAACAAAUUAAGAUAAAGAAAAUCGAAGACUCCUCCAACCCUUUGCUCAUGAAGAGACGAAAGAAAGCGAACCCCUCUGAGCCGACAGCACUCCCCCACUGAGGGCCCCCUCUGAGCCCUGCCUGGCCGUCGAGAAAGCAAUAGUAUAUAUAUAUUUUUUAAGAAAAGGACAAAGACGGACUUCAUCAAACAUGUGGAACUCCGACAUUUAUACCAGACGUGUUGUUUUUUAGCUACCCACCCAUGUUUCUGGCCUUUUUGGCGCAGGUGAGGAGAUGGCCCCUGUGAGAUACACACAUCUUUAUUUUUGGCCUGAGAGUUGAACAGCUCCGGUAAUUUGUAUUUUUUUUGGGGGGGUUAAAUAUUUUUUUCCUUCUUCCUUACAAAGACAUGGAAAUUCCUGUGGCAACCUUUUUAGGGUAUAUAAUAUAUAAAUAUUUUUUAAAACUACUGUAAUGCUGAAACCCAGACAGUAUGUUUCCCGUGCGAAGCGCUGGCUAGAGACGAAGGCUUCUGGGCUAUUUUGCCUAGUGCUGAUGGAUUAACCCCUCAGGUGAGCCUCUGGUAAACACAGGCUGAAGCAAAGAGGCUCAGGGAUAGGAACAUACUGUGUGGCUUCUAGUCCCUUCCACGCUCCUUUUCUUAAUUUCUCUUCAGGGGCUGGUGGUUUGGGGGGGUCUUGGGAGAGCCUGUGGAUUUGGAGCACCUUUUCAGGCCUGGAAAAUUUCUUUUUAAAGGCGUCGUGGCACAAAUCCUCACUAAACAGGAAGCCUUGGCUCUAACGGUGCAUGCACAGGGUUAUUUUCAAUUACCAUUGUGUGUGUCUGGGUUGUGUGUGUGUAUACGUCUGGGGGGAGUGUAGUUUGUAUGUGAGUCCAUGCACGCACUGGGGUGUUCUUUCUGGAUGAAUAUGUGGGGUCUGUAACAUGCCUGGAAUUCAAUUCUGAUCUCAGGGGACUUUCUGGGGGAGGGAUGACGAUGCCGCUAACAAAUUCACUACAGCCACCCCAGCCUUCGUGGGAUUAGACCAGAAGCACCUAAAGCAGAUGCCCCAUUGUCCAGUUUUCAUUACUGUCCCAUGCUGUGAGCGCCGAGCCUUUUGCAGGGUCCUGCCCUGUCUUUCUCUGGGCUCCCGUACCCUUGGCUUGCUGUGCUGAGCACGGCAGUCCAGAACUACCACUUAGCAUCAAGUUGCACCUCUUCUAAACCUGCAGCAGAGGUGAAAGCAGACAAAGACAAGCCCCCCUGCAAGUCCCCCUCUCCUCAGGGGGCCCCAGCACUUACCAUUGAGCCUGUGGGAGGCCAAGCCAUUUCACUCACCCCAACUAACCUAUUACUGCCCCACUCUGAUGUGGGAAACACACUUACCCCGCAUCGGGGAAGCAGGAGUCAAAUGGGGCACUUCCUCUCCACCCCCUUUCUGAGCCAUCUGCCUGGUGACUGCUGUGGAUUUCAGUUCCUGCAGUGCUGCGGCAUUUCCUUAAGCGCUUCGGCUGUUACUUACCCCCUGUGCCAAGAAUUCACUACGGGAAGAAGCCGAUCAAGGUCCCACCAAGAAAACCAGCUGACUCAGGCAUGGAUGGGAGAAAUUGGGAAUGUAUCUAAAAGAUCAGUUGGGCUUCAGUCUUGUUCAAAGCUUCAGCUGGGGCUUGAGCACUGAGCCCUUCUCUUCCUUCUCCUCUCCCUGGCACCCCAGGCUCACAGCGAGCUCCCCUCUGAAUCCCAUCCCUAUUUCCCCACGUGCUACCAAAGGGGAAGGCAGUCCCUGACUUCAUCUGCGCCCCCGCCACCUCUCCGCUCCUGGUGGUGUUUGCAACCAGUCUCUACUCCUGGGAGCAGAAUAGCUACCCUAAAUUCUUUAGUCUGAUUCCCCUCCCCCCUUUUGUCACAUUGUUUCACUGCGUUUUAAUGUGUUCAAACAACAAACAUUUUUUAUGGAAAUGUUUAGUUUUUAGGUGACAUUUUAGGCACUGUAUGGAAUUUGAAUUUGUUUUCAAGACAAGUUUUUUUUAUUUUAUUUUUAUUUUAUUUUAUUUUUUUUGUCUGUUGGCUUAUACUAAUCCUUCUGGUCUGCUUUUCCCUCUUUCGGAUUAAAGACACUUCAUGCGUC